GCAAAUUUGCUAUCUAGGCUGAUAUAAGUGACUUGUAACGGUAAAUGUAGAGGACAAAAUAUGCUGGCCGAACCAUUUUUUAAGGUUGCUUGGAAAAUACGGUAUUAACAUUUCGUACAUAUGAUUUAGUUUUUUAGACUGUUUGCUCAAACUUUACUAUAAGUUGUAUUAGUAUUUGUCCUGUUAUCUGUUUACAACACUGCUAGUUUUAUACUAAUUGAGUCUUCAGCCUACUUGCAUCUAUAUCUUCAAAUAAUCUGACGAGGGGCAGCAGACUAUGCUUCUGGUACCUAUAAAUAGCUUUGGUAUACAGAGUCCACGUCGUCAAGUACCACCAAAAGCAUUCGAUGUAUUUCCAUCUGAACUUUCGCCAUACAGCAUAAAUCCAACAGGUCUUUACCAACCUUAUAUCAGUGUUGUUACUGAUAGCCUGGCGGUCCAGAAUUCACCGUAUUUGAUGACAGACAUGGUGGGAUAUUCCCGCCGAAACGCAGGACAACAGCGCGUACCAUCGCUCCCAAUUAACACCGGUACUGGAGUUCCAGUUGAGGCCUAUUCUCAAGUGACAGACGCCCAUGAUUGUAGUGGUUGUAGUGGCUCUACUCCAAAACCAGAAAAAGAAGAUUCAAUUUUAUUCAGCCUACUAAACAAACCCCAUCACGAACUGAGGCCAAAGACCACACCGUGUCUUAACACACAACCCGUCACACAGUUGCCAUAUAUAGGCAACAGAUCAACUAUGACUCGUCGAUGUGUAGGCCUACGAAACGCAGCUGAAACGCACAAAAAUUCUGCCGAAAUUCUUGAAAAAACAAUAAGCUUUGUAAAAAGUUUAGAGUCUUUUAAAAAUCUUGGAACUCACGACCAAGAGCUUCUUUUCUCCAACUGCUGGGCAGAGCUGUUCAUUGUCGGAAUGGCUCAGGAACAAGUAUCGUUUGAUGUUAUCCGUUACGAAAUUUCUGUGCAUGCUACGGUUCAAACAUCUAAAGAUGUUUCAUUCAAUGAAGGAGAAUCAGUAAAAGUUGACGAAGCUGACAAGCUGAAAAGUUUUAUUAAACGUUUCACGGAACUGCAACUUUCAGCUGUAGAAUAUGCAUAUUUCAUGGGAACCGUCUUAUUUAAUCCAGAUGUAGUUGGAUUAAAGGACCGAGAUACCAUUGCCUCGUUACAAGUUGAAGCAAUGCAUGCCCUCGCCGAAUAUAGAGGCGAGAGAGUGAAUUCAUCGCCAUUUGACGCAGAACAUCACCAGCAAAUGCGUCUUGCACAAAUAUUACUUGGUCUUCCGGCACUGAGAAGUAUCAAAACACAUGCAAUUGCUGAGUUGUUCUUUCGCUCUCAUAACUGCUGUCCAGAUAUCUUGAUAUCGUAGAUGUUUGCUGUUUUCGUUUAUUCACAAACGGGUUUACUCGUAUGCACACUUGAAGUCCUGCACGUAAAGUUCGACAAACGCUCUGAAACGUAGAGCAUGCUGUUAUUCUCAAGACGAUGUUGUUAUCAACUAUUGUGACGUAAUGUGUUUGCCGUGAAACUGCACAAAAGCGCUGGAACAAUACUGACUUUAUCUCUCUCAGAUGAAGCUUUGAAACGAAGGCCUCAAGUAAUCACAAGCAUAAAAGGAAGUAGAAAGCAAUUUAAAUAUGUGGAUUGGCCUGACAUUGACUAUAUAAAUUCAUGUAAUGUUAUAAAUUCAUGUGUAAAUUUAUCAAUGAAAUAGGUGAAUUUGCUUACAAAAUUUUUGUAGUUUUCACGUCAUAAAAACAUAAAAUUAAUUCCUCCCCACUCAGAAGAUAUUUCGAACUUUCAACUUGGGUUAGGAAUGGGCCAUAAACAGAAUGCACCGCUGCUGCGAGGUGCAUGUAUGGCUUACAAAUAUCUCAAGAUUAUUUCUGUAUAUGAGAUGACACAGAGC